CCAUCAGAAAUGAGCAAGGAAAGAACAACAUAUGCAGAGCUGACAAUAUCCCUUAGGAGCAAGGACAAAAACCAGCCAGUUAAGAAAAAGAAAGACAAUCAAUGGCGCAUGACUGCUUCAAUCCUGGGAACAGUAUGUUUUUGUCUUACGGUGUCAAAUGCAGUCUUAGGAUAUGUAUUUUUUCAGUGCACUUCUAACUUCAAAUUUCAACAUGGAAAAGAUGCAAAUAAAACUGCCGUCUCUUCAGUCAACGAAGCAGGUCCUUCAACUCUACCGCCAACUACAGAAAAGGGCUAUAACACAUGUCAAGGAAGAUGGUCAUGCUGUGGAGAAAACUGUUACUACUUUUCAGAAGAAGAAAAGACAUGGAAUGAGAGUGAGGCUUCCUGCAGACUCCUGGGUUCUCACCUGGCUAAGAUUGACAACAGAGAGGAGCAGAACUUUAUUCAGUCACGAUUGAAUUACAGCUAUUGGGUUGGAUUACGUAAAAAUGAAAGACAAUUCCAGUGGGUGAACCAGAAAGACACUAAAGUUUCUUCAGAUUUGCAUUUUUUCACAACACAUUCAACAUCUGAAGAAUGUGGAUACCUCAAGCCCAUGGCCCUCAGUUCUGGUGUGUGUAGUCGAUAUUUCCAUUACAUUUGUGAAAAGAACUUUCCCUCCCUUGUUAUUUCAAAAAAUUGA